UCUGCUCAUUCCACCUGUACUCGUCCUCGCCACCGCUGCUCGAAAAACCACGUGUAAAAGCAAAGUACUUUUCAAUGUAGUUGCCCAAAGCCAAAUCAUUUGAAUCGAGAGAAACCAUGGCCAUGGGAGGAGACUCUUCCUCAAAAGAUGGUUCAUCCAUUGACUCCUCCAACAUUGGUUUUCUGCUAUUGAAGAAACACGGUUGGAAAGAAGGUACCGGUCUUGGUGCUUGCGAGCAGGGUAGGUUAGAGCCUGUACAAGCAUAUUUGAAGAAUAAUAAACGAGGCCUGGGAGCAGAUAAAGUGAAGAUGGUAGCCAAGAAAUCUUAUGUCACUGCUGCAUCUAACGAGAAAAAUGACCAGAAAUGCAAGACACUCUCAAAGAGGAUGAGGAAGAUGAAGGAGCUGGAAAAGCAGUUGCAGGAUAAGGAAUUUGAGCGGGCCUUUUAUAGGGAGUUCUGGCCAGAUAAUGUUUGAUGGACAACGAUCCACUUGCAACUAUUUAACAGCUCAUUUUAUAAUCAACCAGUGCACUUUAUUGAAAAUAGUUUUAAUUUUACCUAACUACCUUUUAUUUCAAAUAGAAUUGUAAAAGAAUAGUAGAAAAUUUGUAAAACCAUGAUUUUCCUGGUUGUAUGAUGUAUGCACAACAUUAGAUUUA